GUGGUGCCGAGCCGCUGUUUCAUUCCACCUCCGUCUCCGAGCAGCUCGGUCCUCCCAUCUCCUCAGGGGUUUAAACGGCGUUUAGUUAAUUUUUUUGUUUUUUAAUUUUAAUUUUUUUUUUUACAGAAAAAGGAAGUGCCAACAAUUUAAACCCCCCUCCACCUCACCAGGAGGACCGCACGCCGCUUCUAACGCCCCCGGUGAAGAGAGAAGUUUGAACCCGCUGCUGCUGCUCUGGAGACGGCGGAACCGAGCCUUGACCGGUCCUACACAUUCUCAGCCCGCUCUUCUCUAAAUACAUAUUUAUAUUUACAUAAAUAUUUUUUAAGAAGCUAUCGUCGACUUCCGUGAAGUUAAAUUUUUCCCCACCGGCAUCAUGACCCGGAGAUCCUGUUGCAUUUACGCCACCGGCAUCGUCUGCGCUCACCUCCUGAUCGUGGGGAUCGCCCUGGUCGUGGCUCAAGUCUUCCAAACGAUGAUCCACAGCCGGCUAAAAAAGGAAAUUACUUUGACGGAGAAGAGCCAAGUGUUUGAGUCAUGGAAGAAUCCACCCCCACCCGUUUACAUGGAGUAUUACUUCUUCAACGUUACCAAUCCCGAGGAGUUUCUGGCGGGAAAGAAGGCGUCUGUUCAACAGAUCGGCCCUUAUACUUACAGGGAAUACAGGCCACGGGAAAACGUAACUUUCCUGGAGAACGGCACCAAGAUUUAUGCCCUGAACCCCAAAUCUUUUGUCUUUGUUCCUGAGAAGUCAGCUGGUGACCCUGAGGUGGACAUCAUCACGACGGUCAACAUCCCAUACGUGGCGGUGAUGAGCGAGCUGAACUCCUACAACUUCUUUCUGCGCUCCAUGGUCUCCGUUUACGUGAGCUCCCUGGGGAUUGACAUUUUCAUGACUCGAACCGUCCACGAGAUUCUGUGGGGCUUCAAGGACCCGCUGCUGACAAAGAUCCACAAAAUGAAGCCGGAUGUGGACGAAUACUUUGGCCUGAUGUGGAAGAAAAACGGCACUCACGAAGGAGAGUUUGUGUUCCACACCGGCGAGCAGAACUACUUGGAUUACGGCAAGAUCGACACCUGGAAUGGCCUGAGUAAAAUGUCGUGGUGGUCGUCCAAUCAGAGCAACAUGAUCAACGGCACGGACGGCGCCGUCUUCCACCCGCUGAUCGACAGGAACGAGCUGCUGUACAUCUUCGCCGCCGACCUCUGCCGGUCAAUUCAUCUGGCGUACGUAAAGGACGUGGAGGUGAAGGGAAUCCAGGCCUACCGCUUCGCACCCCCCAACGACGUCCUCAUGAGUCCCGACAAAAAUCCCACCAACGCCGGCUUCUGCGUGCCGGCCGGAGACUGCCUCGGCACGGGGGUGCUCAAAGUCAGCGUUUGUCGAGAAGGUGCUCCCAUCGUCGUGUCCUUCCCCCACUUCUAUCAGGCCGACCCGGCUUACAUCAACGCCGUCGACGGGCUCAACCCCAACGAGGAGGAGCACGAGACGUACCUGGACCUGCAGCCGACCACAGGGGUUCCCAUCCGUGCCUGCAAGAGAGCUCAGCUCAACAUUAUCCUGAAGAGAGUCCCAGGCUUCCCCAAAACUAGGUUCAUCAACGAGACCAUUUUCCCCAUCAUGUUUGUCAACGAGACGGCAACCAUCGACGACGACUCGGCGUCUCAGAUGAGGACGCUGCUCCUGAUCGUCACCCUCGUGUCCAACUUCCCGCUGCUCAUCGUGGGCCUGGGCAUCAUCCUGCUGCUGGUGCUCGUGGUUUUAUUCUGCCGAAACCGCCAGAAGAAGAAUGAAGUAAAACGUAUUGAUUUUACUGAAGCUUUUCAUUCUUUUACUACGGCAAAAGACGACACCGCGUACACACAAGUCAGCGACAAACCGGACGACUCGUCGGACAAGCCGGCCAGCCAGCCGACGAAGAACGGCUCCUACAUUGCCAUGUCUCCAGUGGAGGCCCAGAAGUGUUGAUUGAGGACUCCCUUCUCCAAGCCAGGAGGUCUGGAGGGGUCUGAGGGAGCAGCAGCACAAAGGGGGGUGUGGGAUGUUUCCUCACCGUGGGGUGAGGGAGGACCGGGAACACAGCGGGACACAAACCCGACACAUUGUUUAGCCUACAGAGACCAUUGAUCCUCUCCCUGAGCACUCUUCUGACUGUCCAGCCUCCUCCGCGCUACCUGCCAAGCAUGGCCGCCACUGCCUGCAGGACCGCUACACAAACCCCGCCCCCUCCCUCACAGAGCGUAAACAUCUCUGUCCUGGUAGGCCUUGAACACAGAGGGACUUUUUUUUUUUUUUUUUUUAAAAACUAGGAAGCUGGACUCAACCAGACAUUUAACUUUUUUCCAUAAUUCUACCAUGAGGGAACAUGAAAAACUUUAGACAGUUGUUACACACGGACGCAUGAUCCUCUGACGAAACUCCGUGUUUAGCAGCCGGCGUUGUUACGGUCGUAUUCUGUCAGCGCUGCGAGAGGAGGAAAAACUUUGAGCCUUCAAGAAUAAUAAAAAAAAAAAAAAGCCCUCAGACAAGUUAACAGUUUUGCUAACAAACAUAAACUUAGUAUAUUUUGUAAAGAAAGCAGAAAAAUAAAUCAACUGAGCCUUUUUUUUUUUUUCCAAUACGUUAGUGCACCUGCAGGUUAUACACGUUGCACUUCCAGAAUGAGUCAGAGAGUCUCUGUGUGCACCUUUAUUUUUAAACGGACUACUGUUUUUCCUAAUGCAGGCACAGUUUAGUAUGAAACCUGAGAUACUCGUGAUUUUUUGACCUUCUCUUAUUCACCUUUUUUUGCCUAAAACACUAUUUACAGAGUGCUGAUAUUGCGAGAAAAGUCCUCCUUGAUUUGAGGCGUUGUUGCUUUAAAACGAUUGAAAACAUAUAUAUACAGCAAAAAAAAAGGAAAAAAGGAAGAGAAACAAACAAAAAAAAAAAAAAACACCAACUUGACUUACAAGGGAGGCUUGAACCUGCUUUCUGCCUUACCAGGGUUCAAGCGUAUUCAGAUAAGCUGGGAACACUUCUACUGUACAUACACGUAAAGGGGAAACUAACUCGAGAUACCUCUGACCAAAUCCAGCUGGCGUGCCGAGAGACGCUAACUUUCCUCCAGUGUCGACGCUCCACCUCGUCCUCACGGCUCCUCGUUAGAGACACAGAGAAAGGAACAACAAAAAAAAAAAGAAAAAAGAAAAGCACAAUUUGGACUGCGGGACUCUUUGUUUUUUGUAUUUGCAGCUGAUCUGUCGGAGAUGACGUCAGGUGCCGUUGCUCGUUUCGGUCCCGGUGUUGCCGCUCGCCGCUGUGCACUCACUCAGUUUGCCAAGGAGCUGCAGGCGUUCAGGCGAACUCGGCACACUGCACUUGAAUCACUGUUUGUCUUACGUCGUCUUUGUGUCUCACCCUCUGUGUCCGCCACGUCUGUCAGAACCUCCUCUGGCGGUCUCUGCCAGGGAGCGAAUUUAAGGCCAUAAUACCGUCUAACAGAAAAAAAAAAAAAACCCUUCCCUGCACUUUGCCUGGAAAUGGUGCCAGUCUUGUUUAUUUGUGGUUAUUUGUCCUGAUUGUUUCAAUUCAAGUGGUCCAAAUGUGUUCAGCGCAUUUCAAAGGUUUGUCUCUGUGUUACCUGCUUUCAGACACCCGUUGGGAGUGUCAUCUUUUUGAUAUUCUUGUUUUUUUUGUAUUUGUUACUGCUGCUAAAAUUGCCAUAACCUAUGGACUCGUGUAUUUGUAUUCACCACCUUGUGCUCUCAGUGGGUUUCUGGAGGCUUUUUUUUUUUUUUUUUGCUGUUUCCAACCAUUUUUUUUUUUUCAGGACCUGAGCACAAGACGUAAAACCCACCAGACUUGGUGAUUAAUAAUCACUCUAUAAUCUAUCAAACUGAAAUCACUCAUUUAUUUAAUAGAAGAUAAAUCUGAGCAUAUCAUACGUAUCAUUUUUGGAGGCUAUUAUAGUUGGUUAAAAUGUCUUUAAAGGGGUUUGAGCCACCUUUGCAUCAUCUGCGGCACUAUCUCCAUUAUUUUUUUCUAUGCUUCUGCAACAUAGAAAUAUCUUCAACUGCAAUUUUGAUCAGUUCUGAAUUGCUUUUUUUAAAGAUGCACCAAAAUCCAUCCAAAAAUCAAUUUUUUUUAAGUGCGUUCUUUGCGCUAAGCUAACAGUUUCAUAUUAAAUGCUCAAUAAUGAGUAUUAUCCUAACCUCUGAGCCAAAAGCCAAUGUUUGCAUCAGUAUCGAGCUCUUCCCCCCUCGUGUUAAUCACCCACCGAUGAGCCUCCGUAUCGCAUCUCCAUGCAUGCCGCUCCCACCUUGUGCAAACGCACACAGUUCAUAGCUGUUCACCUGGCUUAAUAUCCCUGAAACACCUUAAUCCAGGGAGCCGUGUCAUCCCGUUCAAACACGGAGGCCCGCUCCGCACUCCAUUUUCGCCGACCCCACCGCUCUGGUCCUCCGAGCCCAUUGGCUCGUCCACGCUCGACCAAAGAUGACCCCAAUCGAUCCGCUCUCGGGCCGCCGUGUUUGCUCUCUGUGAUAACUGCUGUGCCACUAAACCGCCGCCGCCUAACUUAGAAAAGGAAGGGGGGGGGUAAAAAAAAAGAAAAAGAAAAAAGGAAAGAAUUGUGCCACUGCUUAUUAUGGGAAGUAUUUGUAACAGUGUUUGCGUGAACGCAGGUAUGAGUGCGUGCCUUUUUUUUUUUUUUUUUACACGAAGGCGAAAGAAUAAAAUAAAAACUAUUGAGGGGUAUUGCUUUUCUUUCUUUUUUUAACUCGGUGCAGAACACAAGUUAUCGGUUCUCUUUGAGAAGCAAAAAUCUCAGUAUUACGUAAGACGAAGCAAUACAGAGUUGUGUAAGAAAAAAGAAAAAAAAAAACCUUAAUUGUGAAUGUUUUCUUUUAAAGGGGCCACGUGAUAUUUAAGUUUGUCUUGAGUUCCUGUGAGUUGUAGCAUUACAUUCUUCCUUUCCGUAGAGUCAUUUAGUCAUUUCUUUUCUUUCCACUCGCAAUCAUUUCAAUUUUUUUUUUAUUUGUACUGAAAAUGUAAAAAUAAAAAUAUAUAUAUAAAUAUAUAUAUGUAUAAUGGUGUAAAAGACGGACCAGUUUAUGACCAGUGCUUUGAAGAGUCUGUGAGAGUGUUCAUGAGUGGUUAACAUUUCUGUGGAACUGGAGUGGUUCACUGGAAGGCUGAUUAUCUUGACGGGACGUCACACAUUUAGAUGAAUGAAGCCCUCCUUUUGCUGAUUUCGUGCCAUACCACCCUUCUGUUACUGAUUCCUAACGAGCGCAUCUCCCAGUUUUUUUUUUUUUUUGUUUUGUUUUUUUUUGAUAUCCUAGCAGACAUUUCCUUUGAAGACGUACUAACUUGUUUUGCUGCUGAAGAUGACAAUCCCCCACCCUUUUGUCAUGUUAGGUGCAAAAUUAUUUCAAAGUAAUAUUCAUUUUUAGUUUUGAUAAUUUACACUGCACAAAUGUUUAUACCGUGCUUUUUGUAAACAUUUCUAGUGUAUUUGCAGAAAAAAAAGAAAUAAAAGUUGCAAAUAAGUGCAAA